UAUGAUCGCUCUUCCUGGACUGCAUCCAGAAAUUGGUGGCUUAACCCAGCAAGUGUUGCCUGCAGAACAUUUCCUGUCAUCACUUACAUGCAAUAAGCAGUCUUUGAGAAUAAACUCGGUCUGAAUGCUGUUUAACCUACAACUUACCUAUGAUCAUCUGGGGCUAGAGAUGGGAGGAAAAGAACAUUAAAGAAGGCUCAGUCCUGAAUCUUUGCUUCCAGAUUAAUCAGCCACUCGAUGGGGAUUAACAGUGGAGCACCUCUUUGUGUCGCCUUUCCACCUCUCUGUAGCAAGAAUAACAACUUCAGCACUUCUUCAAUAAUAAUUAUGAAACUGGUAUUAACUGAAUGGCAAUUAUGGAUUUUUAACUCUAACUCACAGUAAACCAGCAAGCCAUAUGUUGAAAUUCCUACCAAAUAGCUUUCCAUUCUUUAUGUCUCGUAUCUACACAAGAAGUUGCAAGAUACUUGUUUGUACAAGAGGAAUAUAAGCAUUACUUGCCUGAGGAACAGAAGGUGAAAGAGAAGACACCCUAACUUGUUUGUGGAGUUAUGGUAGUAUUAUUUAUAUAGAUAUAACAUAUAUAUAUAUUUUUAUGGUAAUGAAAAUGGCUCCCCAGAAUGCUGACUCGGAAUCUAUGCAAGUUCAAGAUCUACCUGUGGCACAGCUUCAGAAACCAGAAAACAAGGAGAAUGAAAGUAGAGAGGAGACCAUUAGUGAAGGAUCCAUAGACCGGAUACCGAUACGCCUGUGGGUGAUGCAUGGUGCAGUAAUGUUUGGCAGGGAAUUUUGUUAUGCCAUGGAGACAGCUUUGGUAACGCCUGUAUUGUUACAAAUUGGUCUUCCUGAACAGUACUACAGCCUCACUUGGUUCCUUAGCCCAAUCCUGGGCUUGAUCUUCACUCCACUUAUAGGUUCAGCUAGUGACCGCUGCACGCUGAGCUGGGGCCGCCGGCGGCCUUUCAUCCUUGCUCUCUGCAUCGGUGUCCUCUUUGGAGUUGCACUUUUCCUUAAUGGCUCCGUUAUAGGUCUGGCUAUUGGCGAUGCCCCAGACAGGCAGCCCAUCGGUAUCGUCCUCACGGUGCUUGGUGUUGUGGUGUUGGACUUCUGCGCUGAUGCAACAGAAGGGCCGAUUCGGGCGUACCUGUUGGACGUGGUGGACAGUGAAGAACAAGAUAUGGCCCUUAACAUCCAUGCCUUUUCAGCUGGUCUUGGAGGAGCAAUCGGUUAUAUGUUGGGAGGACUGGACUGGACACAGACUUUCUUGGGUGGUAUUUUUAAAUCUCAAGAGCAAGUCCUUUUCUUCUUUGCAGCCAUUAUCUUCUCCGUGUCUGUUGCUCUCCACCUUUUUAGCAUCGAAGAAGAGCAAUAUAACCCUCAGCAGGACAGGAUUGAUGAGGAAGGAGACACACUUUCUAGUGUCAAAUUCAGUGGUAGUCUCCCCCCUCUGAAUCGACUGAAUGUAAUUAGUGAGGAGGAGCCUUACGGAGCCUCCAUGUUCCACGAUGAGGUUCAGUCAGAGCAUGAUCUCAAUAUGGAGUUCCUCGAGGUGAACAUUGUAAGAAGUAAGAGUGACUCCGUUCUGCAUAUGCCUGAUGCUACGCUGGAAAUUGAAUCGGAGCUGCUUUUUCUGCAUGACAUCGAACCUUCCAUUUUUCAGGAUGCUUCGUAUCCAAACACUCCCCACAACACCAGCCAAGAGAUCAUGAAGUCCAAACUCAACCACCUGUCUGCUUUCCUCAGGGACAAUGAGAAAGAGGAGGAAAUGUUGCUUGAUAAUCGCUUAAAUGAAGAUAAAAUCCCAAAUAUGAAUGGCUCCCUACCAAAAGAGUUCCUCAAUGGCCACGCUAGAAUAGGCAUGAAGCAAUCCAGUACUUCAAACUCCAUGCGGAGGCGGAGGCACAUGUUCUACCGUCAGCCAUCAUACACCUUCUCCUACUAUGGCAAAAUAGGCUCUCACCGCUAUCGCUUUCGUCGGGCCAAUGCCAUCGUCUUGAUAAAGUCCUCACGCAGCAUGAAUGACAUCUAUGACAUGCAGAAGCGGCAGCGGCAGAGGUACAGACACAGGAAUCAGAGUGGCACAACAAACUCGAGUGGAGACACAGAGAGCGAGGAGGGGGAAACUGAAACAACUGUCAGACUUCUGUGGUUGUCGAUGCUGAAGAUGCCAAAAGAGCUGCUGAGGUUGUGCGUUUGUCACCUCUUAACUUGGUUUUCGAUCAUUGCUGAAGCUGUGUUCUAUACAGAUUUCAUGGGCCAGGUCAUCUUUCAGGGUGAUCCAAAGGCCCCUUCUAAUUCAACUGAGUUACAUGCCUAUAAUGCUGGAGUUCAGAUGGGAUGCUGGGGACUGGUAAUCUAUGCUGCUACUGCUGCCGUUUGUUCAGCCUUGUUACAGAAAUACUUGGACAACUAUGACCUUAGCAUAAAAGUGAUCUACAUCCUGGGCACGCUGGGAUUUUCUCUAGGCACUGCAGUGAUGGCGAUAUUCCCCAACGUGUACGUCACCAUGAUAAUGAUCAGCACUAUGGGAAUAGUUUCUAUGAGCAUCUCCUACUGCCCCUACGCACUUUUGGGACAAUACCAUGAUAUUAAAGAGUACAUUCACCACAGCCCUGGGAACUCGAAGCGAGGAUUUGGCAUAGACUGUGCUAUUCUGUCGUGUCAGGUUUACAUCUCCCAGAUCCUUGUGGCCUCUGCCCUUGGUAGUGUGGUGGAUGCGGUUGGCACAGUCAGAGUCAUUCCCAUGGUGGCUUCAGUGGGAUCCUUCCUGGGGUUUUUGACAGCUACCUUCUUGGUGAUUUAUCCCGAAGUCAAUGAAGAGCCAAAGGAAGAACAGAAAGGACUGGGUCCUCCGGAGACAACUGAGGGCAACAGCACAAGCACAGAGAAGCCAACCGUCCUGAAGCUCACACGCAAAGGAACCACCGCAUCGGAGCUGGAGGGCGAGUCAGCUGUGUGAGGCCGCCGCUUGUUGCUCACCCACAUUCCAGGGAGUGCAGGUGCAGGAUCAAGAGCUCUUCUUUUUUUCUUUUUCUUUUUUUUUUUCCAGGAAAACAAAUCAGGAUCUUCACUACUUGUAGCUAAAAUUGCAGAAGAAAAGGCAGUUUCAUGCAAAAAUGUAAACGAAGUUCUGUAGUCCUUAAUAUAGGUUUGAACAGGUAGCUAUGAUGCUAAUUGCUUUCCCUACAGCUUAGAAAUGUCAUUUCUGAACACUUUUCUAUUACCAAACAUUUAGAUUUCAAGUAAGUUUUAUUAAUCUGCAUGAGACAGUGUAUACAAUUAGCAGUUAGAAAAAUUAAGUUUUCAGCUGAUUUUUAACUAACUGAAAAUGGAAGCUAUCUUGACUUACAGUCUCCUGCUGUUUAUUUGUCUGAACAUUUCCAAUUUCACUAGUGCAGUAGCUGAAUGAAAUGCUUAGACAUCAUGAUCAGUUCUUUUCAUAUGCAUAUUAUUGGUCUAACAGCUACAGUUCUUGAACGUUAAUUUUAGAAGUCAUAUUUUUGUUAGUGCAAUUACUACAGAAUUGUUUCAUUUUCAAGGAAAAAAGCAAUUACUGCAGUUUCUGGGAAACUGCUGUGAAUCCUUUCGGUCUUACUGCUCAACAAUUACUCCCAAAUCCGCUGCUUGUAGGUGACAUUGAGUGAAUGAUGUGAACUGUAGGUGGAAGGACAGCAGCUGGGAGAGGUGAUCAGCACUCACAGGUUUUUAUCGCAAGUGCUGAAUUUGAUGAAUGUCAUUGGAAUAUGCUGUGACAGUUCUUAGCUGGGAGUUUGCGUACUGGUGAGCUCUGGGGCUUUCUUGGCAUUUAAACUUAAUCAUCUUCAUGCCGUGAAGGAGGGUGUCCCUGGGGUCAGCUUUGUGGGAUGGGUGUGCAAAUUCUUAUUUGGUGGAAGGAAGUCAUUGCUUACUUGCACUUUUUUGCUCCUUUAACCUCCAGGCUGGGAACGCAGCAGUCAGGUUAAAGCACAGAGUCAGUACAACAAGGUGAACCAAAGGCCUACCUCUGUAACUUUAUGGCAUAGUCUGGUUGUAUACAAAUUUGUGUCAGAAACAGUUUCUAGGCCUUAAAAUCCAAUCCACUCACGUGUUGCUGUUUCAGUCCCUGUCUCGGAGGAAUUGUAGGCUGGAGCUCUUCUGAGCUGCUCUACCAAUUUCGUCAGCGCAACCUCCGUGCCCCUUCCUUGAUUCAGGACGUAGCUGCAGUGCAAAGACAUUUUCUGUGAAGAGUUUAAAAGAGUUGAGCUAAUCUGAGUUACAGUUUUGUUUGGAUUGCUGGCAGUGCCCUGGUCCGUGGGCAAAGCUCAGAGAUCCGGCAGCCACUUAAAGCGACUUCAGAAACUGAACUUCCAUCUGUCGUCUUCUAAGGAGCGUUUGUGAUGCUGUUUCCUCAUCUUGGCGUGGACCUACGGGCUGCAGUCAGUCCUGUGCUAUGAACAGACAAAUCACAGCUCAUCGUAAGAUUUCUGCUGCCUCCAACUUGUGAUACUACAGUACUUUUAACUGCAUGUGUAAAUCAUGCUGCAAUAUAGUCACUCGAAAGAAAUAUAUAUAUUUCAAAAUGAAAAGCAGUUUUUAAUAAUAAAUUACUUGAAUUGUCGAUGUAUUUAAGAAAUGUAUGUUUUGGUAUAUUUGAAGCUGACGCGCAGUUUUGGCCGGCAUCGGUGACGAAUUCCUGGUGGCAUACGUGUGUUGUGAGCUGAAGGCUGUCAGUGCGAUGUCCUCUGCUAUCAAGAGUGACAGUGUUGUGCUUAGGCUGGUGGAAUUCCGAGCACUAAAGUACAUGGAAUCGCAUGGGACUUCUUUUUUUUGUUUUUUUCCAAGUGUCUCAAAGAAUCUUUUUUUUUUUUAAGGUGAAUAUUAUUUUUAUCUAGAACACAUACUGUGAACUGUGUUCUGACAGGGGAAUAGUACUACUGAAGAAUGUGAGACCUUACUGAAGAAAGCAGUUGUGAGAAAUACUUUAACUGAACUUCUGCCGUGAAUUUUAUCAUCUCAGUUACAUUUAAUAUAUUCUGGUGAUAUUCAUAUAUAUAGAAGAGAUGCGUGUUAUAUUUCACCCUAUAACUGGCAUUCGUGUAAAAUACAUACUGAGUUAGAUGUUUUAAAGUGGCGUUACUAUUUUAUUUUUAAAACUUCUUGAAGAUUCUGCUUUUGUUUAAAGGAACACUGUCAAGUACUCCUUAUGUGAACCUUGUUUCUUGCAAGGUUCUGCUACACUUUUUAUAGCUCUUCUGGUCGCUGCCAGCCUUACCUAUUUCCCCACCACUCACUAGUUCUUUGAUGGUGAAUGUAGCUUCCAACCACUACUGCUCUGCAUAGCACCUUUGUAAGCCAAGGUUUCUUUCACAGCACAGUCGAGUCACCAAGGUCCAGCUGCAAGGAAGGAGGAGAUGCUGAAGCUCCCUCUUGCAGACUGAUGUUGCAUGCGUUUAUUUAGUUUUCUGUGUCGUGGCAAGCGGUGAGGAUGACAUCUCAAACCUAGAGCGUUUCAGUCAAAGGCAGAGCAGGUCCAGUUUGUCCCAGCCUCGUUUCUAGAAACUGACAUUAAAAUGGGAUUGUUUAUGGCAUUGUUUAGUGUGUUUGUAACACAUAAAUAUGCACACUGCUUUGUAACAGGAAGCUCUAUUUCACUGCCCUACAAAACCGAAGGAAAUAAUUAUCCAUUGUAAACACACCAAAGUAUUUGUAGUAUUGCCAGAAGAGCUAACUUCGGGCAGCCCCUGCCAAAGCAUCUCCUCCUGUCCCUCGGCCAGGCUGUGAAAGCACCGCGCUCGCUUCCCCUGCGCUCACAGGGAUCGUUUCUGACAUCUGUUGAUCGAAUGCUUUCUCUUGAAUUUGAGAACUUUCCUUUUCACCCCGGGGCAUCUCAGGGUGGAGUGGGCACUCAUUUAUUUCUAAAUGCAUCCUUCACCUUUUGAUACGAACUUUCCUUUUUGUCACAAUUAAAAUAUAAAUUAGCAUGAUUUUACGUCUUCAUUGCAGAAGAGAGAGUUGAAGGGGCUUUACUUAAUUCCUGAUGACAGCAAGUAUCAUUGUUACUUGCCAGUAUUGCUGUACAGUCCAACUUAUCCUGCGUGCUCCAUCUCCUUCACUGCAGUAGGUUUGUGGUUUUGUGGUUUCACUCCAAGUUGCUCUAUACUGUAAACAACGUUAAUGAAUUUUGCUGCAGUCUUGGGUGGCGCGCAGCGCCCCUACAAGAGACACUGAUAGAGCUCAGAUUGCUGAGCUUUUCACUAGGACUCUGCGGUCGGCAAGCUGCAUGUCCUGAAGUAUUUCACAUGAAAGCAGAGCAGCUCAAACCGCACUGCUCCGAAAGGCACAGUGAGGAUUGUGCACCAUUGGAUUAUCACAAGAGUCUUAUUGGGCUCAAACUGUUUGUGGCUGGCAAUUACAGAUUCCAGAAGCAAUAAUUUCUUAGGAAUGUUUCCCUUCCUGCUGGUUAGAUGACUUUCAUAGAGAUUUAUGACCCAAACAGGCUUUUUAUAAUACAAAUCUGGUUGUGUUGGCUAGCGCUGGCAGUAAGCAGUUGUGGUAAGAUGUGGGUUGUUCAUCAUCAGGAGGGAGGAAGCCAGUAAAUCCAGCAGAGGUUAGUGCUCCUUGAAACUCCUUGCCCUUUUCCCCUUUUAUUUGGAGCCCUUCCCUGCAGUUUGAAAUAAUUCCUUCUCAGAGGGAAGCUGGCAUUUACCCUCCCAGCUUCUACUGCAGAGCCCAUGGUGAGCGGGGCUGAGCCUUCCUCAUCUCUUUCCCAUCUCAUCCAAAUCCCCUGAGCACUUGAAUGACAACAGCACCAGUAAUGAUUAUUGCCAGAUACCUCAAUAAAGCCUCAGUUCCAUCAUUAAAAAUGCAUCUGCCCACCCUGUGCUGAGCUUGGCCUUCAUCACCCUUGUCACCACCACAGAAGGCAGGCUUUUCAUGGCUAUGGCACAUCUCUUGCAGUAAUGUGGGUUGAGACCACACCUGCCAGUGAAGGUGGAGGAAGUUGUGGUUGAUAUCUGGGAAAGCUUCCUCCUUGCUAGUUAGGCAGGCAGGCAGGCAGGCAGGCACGUCGCAGGGAGCAGCAGUUUUGGUGGUCACUCCUCUUUUCAGUAAUUUUCUCUAAAUGAGAAGCUGAUUCGCCAGCCACUCUGCGGUUCGGUCUCUGCGAUGAAUUCUAGUUGAAUCACUGAGAGUUUUUUAGGUGUGUGUGCGUAUGUGUGUGUGCAUGUGUCUGUGUGUAUAUAGCUUCAUAUACACACUGCUCGGGCCAAAAUACCGUUGGUGGUUGUGUGCUCUUUGUCACUGUACUCGACAAUGUUUUCAACUGAGUUCUUCCAGGCUUUCCCUCAUCCUUGUCUGACGCGAGACGAGCUCAGCUAUAAAUAUAUAUCCUAUUUAAGUGAGUAAGUGAACUCCUGCAUGAUAUUCCAAGCACAUGUAGCAGCUUCGGCAUCUGCAGUAUCCGUUGCGAAAGAGAAGUUGGUUUUAGUUGCAGCUGUUUUGUUCUUGCUUCCUUUUAAUAGGCCAAAUAAAUGUAAUGAACACCAAAUGUUGCACAGAAAUGUUAUGAAUGACUGUGUAGAAGAGAUACCAAAUUUUAUUUUUCUUUGCAGAAACUUUAUGGUAACAGAGAGUCCUCUAGCUGUUAUUCUUAAAUGACAAACUGAACGUUUGUGAAGUGCGUUGGAAAUGGUCAUUUUAAGACAUGAUGCUACCCAAAGUUUUCUGUUUCUCAUGUUGCAUCAAGAAAAAGCGGCUCCCAGAGGCAAGCUGCAGGAGCUCAGGUACCAACUGCUGUUUGGCUUUAGAGGUUCAGCAGCCUGGGCAGUUCAGAAAUUACAUUAGGUAACUUCCUAAAGGCUUAGUUGUCCUUCUGUAAUAUGGCAGUAGCACAUGGCUUCAGUCUGCUCGAGCAGCAGGGUCUGCUUGUUCACAUAUUCAGUUUGUUAUGUGAUUUCAAUUGCAUUUCCAGGGGGGUGGUCUGCACUUGGCUUCUCCCUGUCCUUUAGCCUUGCUGUUCCUCACCAUAGAGAGGUCUGACAUGGAUGAAAAUUAUGGCUGUUUAGUGGCAAAUAUUUUCCCUCAAAAAAAACACAACAAAGUUUCUUCUUAAAUUCAAAGGCUUUUGCUGUGUUUGUGGCCUGCUAAAGCUUUACAGAAAGGCCAGGACACAGCUUCAGUUCAGCAUUCUCUGACAUGUUCUUAAAAUUUGGAGUUGGGGGUAGAGCUCUGGAAGCAAAGCCUUCCUUGAGCAAAUCAUCCCCUUAGCCUGCACCUGCUCACUACUCAGUGGUAGCCAAAUUGUAGUAAACAGCCCCAAAACCAGAAAGACUGAACUAUUAACAAAUUGGCAGAUCUCAGUUAUUACUCUGAUGUAACAUGAACGCUAAGCCCUUUUGGUAGCCCAAUGACCAGCUUAUUUUAAAUGCCUCAUAUUAAUAGAAAGCUGCAUAUAGGCAUCUCAUAGCAGAAAAAAUAAAAAAGAGAAUAUUUAGUUCCUGUGUGAACUGGCCAUACGACAACUACUUUUUUAUCAACUUAUUAAGUUGGGGCACUAUAAUAGCUCUUGCUGAGUUUAGCAAUGUUUAUAAGCAUGUGUUAAACACAUAACGUUAAGUUUUAUGAGGAAAAAGGAAUAAAGAAAAGUAAUGUCACAGAUGAAUGUUUGAGUGCGUAGACGGCAUAAUGUAUGUAUGUUUUUUAUUUCUACACUGUUGAGCUUAUUUUCUGUUUUAAGGUUAAAAGAAAAAGAGUUGUUGCAUGAGAACUGUUUUAUUGUGUUCUGCACUUUCUGUUCUUUUUGUAUAAUCUUGUUUUGGUUUUUUUCAUUUAUGCAUAGAAAACAAAAAUCAAUUUAGAGAUAUUCUACUCCACAAGACAUUGUGUUCCAAUCCGUUGUUCUGAAUUUCGAUCUUAAUAAACAUUUCAGUAAGA